AUGUUGGCUUCAAGUCGCGUAAUGUUAUCACGCAAUCAAUCCACUUCUGGGCUUGUAAAUGUACCAGACAAGCGUUGUUUGGAAUGUUCAACGACAUUUGCUGAUAUUUCAUUAUUGUUUGAUCAUGUUAGAGACAGGCAUAAUCCGAAUGCUACAUACAUUUGCGCUUGUUCAUUCAGGUGUCAUACGACCCAUGACUAUAAUCGACAUCAACGACAAAACCGACAAAUUAUUGGUGAUCAGGGUAUGGUUUAUUGCUUGAACACGGAAGAACCUGCUAAUAUUUACAUUACUCCAGACUCGGCUCCGUUAAUUUUCUUAACUGGUAAAAUGAAUGCAUGUAUUUUUAGUUGUCUUCAUCGCUGGUUUAAACCUGACGGCCUGCUACAGCAUCUUCAAAGCGUACACGCUCGUGAAAUUGAUAUUCGAAUUCAAUGCUGUAGUUGCGAGACAAUGUAUACACUACAUGAAUUUCGUGACCAUAUUGGCUCUCAACAUGACAUUGUAGAUAUUCUAUAA